GGAUGGCUUGUUGGACCAAGCUGGUUUGCUUUUUUUUUUGAAGCUCCAUUAACAUUUGAAUGAAGAAAGUAGAGCAUUUGUUUUAAAAUAGAUUGUCUAAAGUGCGUCCAAUCGCAUGGAACUCUAUAUGAUAUAUGAUACCACCCUACCCAAGAACAUAUUUUUCUCCCUCUCUCUCUAUAUUUUGUGGUGAACCUACUCUUUAGUGGGAAUGUUGAAGAGCAAAUUGCUUCCUGCAGAUGAAUUUGUUAAUUGAAAUUUACAAUAUAUGUAUGAUAGGGAUGAGCAUUUCUAGAAGAGGAAAUCGGUGUUUCAGAGCAGCUGAAACGUUAAACCAUUACCUGCUAUUUUGUCGAAACUGUCGUGUCUUAGUGUCAUUAGCAUUAGAAAUGAACCAAUCUAAAACGAUUACAAUAACCGGUUAGGAUGAUAUUCAACAAACCAGUGUUUAAGGAAAACCAUUUUGCGUCCAUUAUAUGCUCUCUCUCACUCUCGCUGAUAUCAUCACACUACAAACGAACCCUACCUUACUCUUCCCAGUCGCCAAACUAUUAUACAAGAAUAUGUAAAACAGAUUUACACAAAAACGUAUCUAUUUAAAGGUGAAUCUCUUGCGUCGAGCUCUUUUCGACCGAAACGAUACCGAUUUUCAAUCCCCCUCCCCUCCCAAUUUGUAGAACACAUUCGUCGAUGUGAACGUACCUUUUGGAACACAUUUUAAUGCAGUUUUCAAGUGAUAUUUUUGCAGGCCAGACACAUUACCGUAGACGGGCACUUUCCGUCGUCCGUAUGAUAUUCUUUCGCAUUAAGCAUUGGCUGUGGAGCUCGGGAUAAGGUUGCUUGAAGCAACGUCUCUAUAUCGUUCAAGGGAAUUACAUGACUUUUACUGUUUCCAACGACCCCCAUCGUUUAUCUUGCCUGCAAUUAAAACAAAAAGAAAGAAUAAAACUUUCAAUCAUGGGUUUUGUUUGUGGUUUUACUUUUAAGUAUUUGGGGUUCAAAUUGCAGUACUCUUUUUUUUUUUAAAUCAAACAGGUGUGCGACAAAUAAAUAGUAUUUGUUUACGAAACAA